AUGGGUACAGCUGGUGCUCGGGAGGUGGUGGAGGUCCCAGAAGUGUAUUUUCACAGCCUUUCUCCGUGUCUCCUCAAAGAUCCUGUCUCAGACGCUUGGGUGAAUGUUUUAGGUUCCUUGGACUGCAGAUGUUAUUUUGAGCCUCCGGCAAUUCCCUGCAGCAAAACCUGGAGGAGCAACAUGCCAAACGCUUCGUCCACUCCACUUGACCUGAACCAAGUGUUGCCUUUGACUGGUCUGGAGGGCUCCUCCACCAAAACCUACAUCCUGGCCGUCCUUGGGCUGGAUGCCUGCGGGUGUAACCAGGAGCGGGGUGGGCGGCUGGCACUGAGCCCUGGAAAGCAGAGUCCCAGCUCCAGGCCUGGCCCAGAGCUGGUUCUGACUCAGGAGGAGAUACUGGAGGCGCUGGUGGUGCUGCAGCUGUGGGAUAACGUGGAAGUGCUGUUCCUAGACACAUGGCAGGAAUUCGGCCAGCUUGUCUCUGCGCUGACAAAGGCCAUAGCAAAACACCCAUACAAGAGGCAGCUGGAGUCGCACGAGUUCCCUUUCUGCGCUGAUGGGGCCUGGGCCAGCGGGGUGCGAGUGGAGGACAGCACAGGACUCUGGCAGGUGUGGAAGAGACAACUCCAGCAGUUUAACUGAGUCAGCCCUGCUAUAGCAGAAGCACAUCCCUCCCCAAGCCUCCUGUUACAGGCCUACAAAGAACGCAGCACAGAAGGUGAAAAACUUCUGCUGAGUGACAUCCCACUGAAAUCAGAUGUCAGUGGGAAAGACCGCCAUGUUGGGCCAGAGUUAUCCCGCUGCAUCUAUCUCUUCGUGGUAUCCACCGACCCCGACCUCAUCCUGGACCUGAGCACAGAGGGACUGUGGCCAUGCCGCUCAGCCUCCUGGUUUUAUCUGCCAAGAUGCGGCAGUGGCUGA